AUGCGCAAGACAGCAACAUUACUCGGGUCCCUCGCUAGCGGCAAAGCUGCAUCCCAGCCCUUCGGUCGCACACUGGCUUCGACUCAACGAGGGGCCAAGUGUUUGGCGCGAUUGGCCCCGCCCGUCUCCAAUCGGCCGUUCUAUCCCACGCCCAACCCGUCUAGCAUACCCGGUUUGCUGCGAAAUCUGCGCGCAAACAAAAGGCCUCAAGCUCGCUUCCUCAGUAGCUCGCCCGGCUCAGCUGUAGCCGACGAGAGUGCAGCAGACAUCAAAGCAAGAGCAGCCUGGAUCGCCGAAUUCAGGGACAAAGAAUUGCCGAAGGGUGAGAGAGCUUUGCUUGCUGCGUUUGCCCCAGGCCGAUGCCCGGAUCAGCGCUAAAGCGCUGCCUCUGCUCCAUCUGGGCUCGCUUGCUGAUCGUAUGUCUCCCUUGGCAGACUUCUUGACCACCACGUUCACCAGAGCGAGUGGACCUGGCGGGCAGAACGUCAACAAGCGUGAGCGGCAACCUUUCGCGCCAUCCGCGUAGGGGCUUGAUUUUGCUCAAAUGAAGUUGGACUCUGAUGCGCACAUUGCACUCUGACGUAUCUUGCAUAGUCAGCACAAAAGCCAACAUUCGGCUAGACCUGAACAAGCUCAAGCAAGGUGUGCACGGAUUUGAGCCGCCACCCAGUGCCGUCAUCAAGCUGCUCGCUCGCAGAUCUGUGAGCAAAGCUGCUCGACUGCCCUCUUGUGAGCGCGUAGUGCAUCUCCGGAAAGCCAUGCUGACGCCUUUUCCUGACCUCGUGCCUAAUGGUGACAUCGACCAGCCUUUCUACGUGGCUUCAUCUCAUUCUUUGCUCGUCACUAGCUCUCAGGAAAGAUCACAAGCUUCCAAUGAGCAAGAUGCGCUUCGCAAGGUGCGUCCCCGCAAACGGUUCUCUCUUCUUCCAGAGCGCAGUCUUUGCGCUUCAGGGACCGCGUAUGCUGACCAUCACCGCAAUCUUUAUGAUGGCCACCCACAGCUGCACGCUCACCUGGUCGAGACGCUCUCUGCGGAUAUUCCUGGAGAAACUUCAGAUCAGCAGAAGGAAAGGGUCAAGAGGUUGCAAGAAAGCGAUGCGAGACGCAAAAAGAUGGCCAAGCAGAAGAGGGGCGAUGUCAAGAGCGGAAGAAAAUCUGGCAAAGCCGUCGUUUGGGACUGA